AUGGAUCUGAUCAAAAAAUGGAGAGUAGGAGUAAAGGAGUUAGGUGAAAUUUUCAAAAGAAUCUCAAAGUCCAAAGAGGAACUUUACUGUGGCGUUGUUCUAAAGGUUCAUGAAUGGAAUGCACCACUUAGUAAUAUUAAAAAUGCAAAUUCAUGGUGUCCUCAUUGUUCUGGACGAUAUGCUUGUGAUAUUGAUCAAGCCAAGCAAAUUGCAUUUAGCCGAAAUGAUUUAUUAUGGAAAUGUGAUAAAGGACAUAUAUGGCAUGCAACGCUUCAUGCGAUUAAAAAUCAUAAUACCUGGUGUCCAAUUUGCCGGAAUAAAUAUGAAAAUUUACGUCGUGAAAUUGUUUCUAAAUAUUUGGGACCAUCUUCAGGCAUUCGCCGACCAGAUUUCUUGAAAAUUCCUAAACACCCUAAGGGAUUAGAACUUGAUAUAUAUUAUCCAGAACAUGAUUUUGCGAUUGAAGUACAAGGUUCCCAACAUGAAAAAUAUAUCGAAUUCUUUCACAGAGAUCCCAAUAAUUUUAUCAAACAGCAAGCACGGGAUCAACUCAAGAAAGAGUAUGUUUGGUAUUACGAAGACCCAUCUUCGUGAAUUGGGACAUAUUGAAUAAACUCAAAUAUUUAAAUCUUUUGCGAUUCGUUAUUAUUUUUUUCGAAUAUAAUUUAUUCAUCUGGAAUUACACGAAAAAUCUAACUAAUUAUUAUUAUGAGCGAAAUCUGCAACCAUAUGGUUAAUCGUCUGCGCAAAUUAAGGUGGCUUAGUUGUGAAACUUUUCUGUCGCACAGGAUCUAUUGUAUGACGGCAAUAUAAUGAUUAUUUUUUCAUAAAAGAACGAUAGUUUCUUCUCGCUCUUCUAAUAGUCUUCUAUUAUGGCUCAAAC